CGGCCAGCUCUGUCCAACCCUGGCGAGUAAAAACAGCACGCAAAGUGCGCCGUGUGCAACACUGGCGGCAAUACAAUAUUCGCAAAUCCGCAACUCAACUCGCAAAAAAGGAGGAGUUUCGCACAAAACAGGAAAUGGAUCUCGACUGGCAGAACAGCCUCACCGAGCUGAAGGAUCGCGGACAGUACUUGCUGCACUCGGAAAAAUGGGCCGACUGCCGAUUCUUAGUGGGAUCGGGAUCCUCGCCUAACCAGCGCCUCAUCGCCGGCCACAAGCUGCUACUAGCCAUGGCCUCGCCAGUGUUUGAGCGCAUGUUCUACGGCAAUUUGCCGGACAAGACGGACCCGAUUGUCAUACCAGACGUUCAGCCGGAGGCCUUCGAGGCAAUGCUGGAGUACAUCUACACGGACCGCAUCACCAUCGGAUCCUUCGACAAGGCCUGCGAGCUGUGCUACGUGGCCAAAAAGUACAUGCUGCCCCAUGUGGUUACCCGCUGCACCCACUUCCUGUGGGCGGACCUUAGUCCGAAGAACGCCUGUCGGGCGUACGAGUUCGCCAAGCUAUUCGAUGAGCCCCGGCUCAUGCAGAGCAGCAUGGACUUGAUCGCGGCAAAUACGCGCGAGGUCCUGUCCGACCCCAGCUUCCUGGACAUCGAGGUCUCCACUCUGAUGGCCAUUCUCGACCAGAACCGGCUUAACAUCGACUCCGAACUGGAUCUGUUCAACUGCCUGCUGAAGUUCGCCAGUGAGCGGGGUAUCCUCAACGAAUCUGGCCAGGAAGAGACCGCUGGUGGGGGGCAGGUCCUGACCAAGGAGUCGCCCGACAACACCGGCGGCCAUGUCCUGGUGGAGGAGAUUAAGAUGGAGCCCGAUGUGGCGGCCAUGGUGCAGCACAUGCACCAGGACGACGAGGGCGACAGCUUUGAAACGGACGCCGGCAUGGCUUCAACUUCCUCCACUGCUGCGGCUGCUGCUGCUGCUUCUACAGCAGGUUCUCCGCCACUGGACGUGGCCUCAGGCUCCGACGACCUGGUGAUCAUUGAUAGCGACGGCUCCGCCGAUGCCGCCGCUAACAUGAUCAACAUCAUGGACGCCCAGCGCACCAUUCUCGACGGCGCCAUGCUUCGCCAGGCCGUGAAGAAGAUCCGGUUCCUCACCAUGACGCCUCAGCAGUUCGCCGAGGGUCCCGCCCGUUCCAAGCUGCUGCAGCAGCACGAGGCCCUGUCCAUCCUCAUCAAGAUCUCCAGUCCCACGCUCAACGACUGCCACAUGCCAGAGGGCUUCUGCGUGUCCCGCAGUACGCGCAACUUCUACGAAUCGGGUCACCGUCACGGCCAGCGGGAGCAGUCCUCCUCGUACCGUACCGGGGCUGCUCCCACCGGCGGUGUGUGCUUUCCGGGACCGGGUCCGGCAGUCCGGCCUGGCUGCGGCGGGAUGAUGAUGGGAAAUGCACCGCGCUUUGGGUCCAUCAGCGCGGGAUUCGGCUUUGCGGGCGAGGAGCUGGUCAUGCGCGCCCCGGAACCAGUGGGUGUUACUUCCGAUGCUGCGCCAGCUCCAGCGCCAGCCACACUGCGUUGUUUCGGCGAGGGCUAUGAGGGCGGAGCAAGUGUUCCUGCGCCCGCCAACGAGGACGAAGGCGGCGAUAGAGGGGGGCCAGCGCCCGCGGGUGGAGCGCCAGCUGGUGGAGCCGGAUCCGCCGCUGGAAACUCGCACAACGACAUGGUGCGCGCAUACUGCAUGCGCUCCCUCACCCGCCAGUUUGACUUCCGCAACACCAGCGUCACAGAUGCGGGCGUGACCUUCCAGGUGGACACUAACAUCUGGAUCCUGGGCGUGCAGGUGCCUACGCGCGUGCUGUGCGGUGAGCUGAUGACCUCCGCCGGCUUCACGGAGCGAUACACCGAAGUGCUGUACGCUCACAUCCAGGACAUGCAUGGCUCAAGGAUCACGUACACCCACUGCACGGCGCGAGUGCGCUACGACUCCCUGCUGGACAUCACGUUCGACCGACCUGUAUACAUCUACAGGAAUCAGAUCUACAAGAUCUAUGUGGUGUUCAACAAGACCGGUUGGUAUCCUAUGUACUCUUGUGCGCCCGACGCGAACUGCCAUCGCGUCAAGUUUAUGUUUAACGUAGGCAAUCCCACGGAAUCCGUUCGGGACGGCCUCAUCUACGCAAUCAUCUUCUCCACGCCGCAGGACCAUGGCCGACACCUGGUCGACUGAAUCCGGAGCAAUAAUUAGUUUAGCUGAUUUUUUGUAUUUUCGAUGUGAUAGGCUUAGGUUGGCAUCUUUGGCCAUGGAAAUUGAUUGAUCUGUACGCUGAAUUUGUUCCCAUUUAAUAUUUACAAACUGGGAACUAAUUCUGCAUUGUUUUAUACAUCGGAUUACAUUGGAUAUUUAAAGAGAGUUUCUUUAUUUAACGUCUUUUUGGAUUGUUUGUGUUCCUUAUUUGAAUUGGCAUAAUACAUUGAAUUAUUUAGAAAUUUCAUAGUAGCAAUUAAACAAAAAUGAGUUUGCUUGACCAGCAAUGUAAAAUUGUCAUUAGAUAUGUUUUAAUAUUCCUUUUACUAUUUUUGUUUUGCCGAAAUCAGUUAGUAUCGGUAAGCUGUAGCCAAUUCUGCAUUUAUUUUGCCGCGUGCUUUAUUUCAGCUGCCGAACGAUAAUGACUUUGUAAAGAGUAAUUUUGACACACUUCACUUGAAUUUUUACUCCCAAGAAUAAUUUUUUUAACAUAGUGUUUUUUAAAUCAGAAAUCUAAUAUUUUAAGAUUUACACAGCACGAAAUUUAUAUAUUUCUAUUAAUAAAAACAUAUUUAAUAGGUUAAUGUACACCACUAA